UGAAAAUAAGAUCCAGCAGGAGAGACCAGACUCCCCUGGACCCAGCUGUGUGUCCUUCAGGAGUGACCGGUCUAUGGGUCGACUUAUUGUCUUCAAAGACUCACAGCCCUCUGCUGAUGAUGGGAUCCAGCAGGAGAGACCAAACUCCCCUGGACCCAGCUGUGUGUCCUUCAAGAGCGACCGGUCUAUGGGUCGACUUAUUGUCUUCAAAGACUCACCGCCCUCUGCUGAUGAUGGAGUCCAGCAGCAGAGCUCAGAGGUUCCCAGUGGUCAGUCUGCCCAGGAGCAUCAAACACACCUGGCCUCCAUAUUUCUGCUGCUGGAGGAGAACAUCAACACUUUUGUGAAGAAGGAGCUGAAAAACCUCCAGAGGUCUCUGAGUCCAGAUUACCCAGAAUGCUCAGAGAGGCAGAGGGAGGAUGAGGAGGUGUUGGACGGUGAGGAGGAAGAGCAGAGGAGGAGCAGCAGAAAGGCUUUUCUGCAGAUCACACUGCACCUCCUGAGGAGAAUGAAGCAGGAGGAGCUGGCUGAGCGUCUGUGGAGCAAAACUGCCGCUGCAGCGUGCCAACGUGAACUCAGAUCUAACCUGAAGAAGAAGUGUGAGUGUGUGUUUGAGGGGAUUGCUAAAGCAGGAAACCCAACACUUCUGAAUCAGAUCUACACAGAGCUGUACAUCACAGAGGGAGGGAGUGGAGAGCUCAAUGAGGAACAUGAGGUCAGAUGGAUUGAAACAGCAUCCAGGAAACCAGACACACCAGAAACACCAAUCACAUGUGAGGACAUCUUUAGACCUUUACCUGGAAGAGAUGGACCAAUCAGAGCAGUGAUGACAAAGGGAGUGGCUGGCAUUGGGAAAACAGUCUUAACACAGAAGUUCACUCUGGACUGGGCUGAACACAAAGCCAACCAGCAUGUCCACUUCACAUUUCCAUUCACUUUCAGAGAGCUGAAUCUGCUGAGAGGGAAAAAGUUGAGCUUGGUGGAACUUCUUCAUCACUUCUUCACUGAGACCAAAGAAGCAGGAAUCAGCAGGUUUGAGCAGUUCCAGGUUGUGUUGAUCUUUGACGGUCUGGAUGAGUGUCGACUUCCUCUGGACUUCAAGAACAACCAGAUCCUGACUGAAGUUACAGAGUCCACCUCAGUGGAUGUUCUGCUGACAAACCUCAUCAAGGGGAAGCUGCUUCCCUCUGCUCGCCUCUGGAUAACCACACGACCCGCAGCGGCCAAUCAGAUCCCUCCUGAGUGUGUUGGCAUGGUGACAGAGGUGAGAGGCUUCACUGACCCACAGAAGGAGGAAUACUUCAGGAAGAGAUUCAGAGAUGAGGAGCAGGCCAGCAGAAUCAUCUCCCACAUCAAGACGUCACGAAGCCUCCACAUCAUGUGCCACAUCCCAGUCUUCUGCUGGAUCACUGCUACAGUUCUGGAGGACGUGUUGAAGACCAGUGAGGGAGAAGACCUGCCCAAGACCCUGACUGAGAUGUACAUCCACUUCCUGCUGGUUCAGUCCAAAGUGCAGAACCUCAAGUACCAUGGGAGAGCUGAGACAGAUCCAGUCUGGACUAAAAAGACCAGGAAGAUGAUCCUGUCUCUGGGAAAACUGGCUUUUGUGCAGCUGGAGAAAGGCAACCUGAUCUUCUAUGAAGCAGACCUGGUAGAGUGUGGCAUUGAUAUCAGAGCAGCCUCAGUGUACUCAGGAAUGUUCACACAGAUCUUUAAAGAGGAGCGUGGGCUGUACCAGGACAAGGUUUUCUGCUUCGUCCAUCUGAGCCUUCAGGAGUUUCUGGCUGCUCUUUAUGUCUUUCUGUCAUUCAUCAACUCUGGAGUCAAUCUGCUGUUCCAACAAUCAGCUUCCAGCUGGUCUGCACUGUUCAACAAGACAUCUGAACUAAAACUCCUCCUCCAGAGUGCUGUGGACAAGGCCUUACAGAGUCCAAAUGGACACCUGGACUUGUUCCUGCGCUUCCUCCUGGGUCUUUCACUGCCGACCAAUCAGAGUCUCAUACGAGGCCUGAUGACACAGAGAGGAAGUAGCUCACAGACCAAUCAGAAAACAGUUCAGUACAUCAAGAAGAAGAUCAGGGAGAAUCCCUCUCCAGAGAGGAGCAUCAACCUGUUCCACUGUCUGAAUGAGCUGAAUGACCAUUCUCUAGUGGAGGAGAUCCAACAGUACCUGAGAUCAGGACGUCUCUCCACAGACAAACUGUCUCCUGCUCAGUGGUCAGCUCUGGUCUUCCUCUUACUGUCAUCAGAAGAAGAUCUGGAGGUGUUUGACCUGAAGAAAUACUCUGCUUCAGAGGAGGCUCUUCUGAGGCUGCUGCCAGUAGUCAAAGCCUCCAGGAAAUCUGUGCUGAGUGGCUGUAAUCUGUCAGAGAGAAGCUGUGCAGCUCUGGCCUCAGUUCUCAGCUCCCAGUCCUCUAGUCUGAGAGAGCUGGACCUGAGUCACAACGAUCUUCAGGAUUCAGGAGUGAAGCAUCUCUCUGCUGGACUGGAGAGUCCACACUGCAGACUGGAGGCUCUCAGUCUAAGUGGCUGUAAUCUGUCAGAGAGAAGCUGUGCAGCUCUGGCCUCAGUUCUCAGCUCCCAGUCCUCUAGUCUGAGAGAGCUGGACCUGAGUAACAACGAUCUGCAGGAUUCAGGAGUGAAGCAUCUCUCUGCUGGACUGGAGAGUCCACACUGCAGACUGGAGGCUCUCAGGCUGUCAGGCUGUCUGCUCACACAGAAAGGCUGUGCUUCUCUGGCCUCAGCUCUGAGCUCCAACCCCUCCCAUCUGAGAGAGCUGGACCUGAGCUUCAAUCAUCCAGGAGACUCAGGAGUGAAGCUGCUCUCUGCUGGACUGGAGGAUCCAACCUGGAGACUGGAGGCUCUCAGGGUGGACCAUGGUGGGGAGCAGUGGUUGAAACCAGGCCUGAGGAAGUAUUCCUGUGAACUCAAACUGGACACAAACACAGCAAACAGAAGACUUGUCCUGUCUGAGGACAACAGGAAGGUGACAGCAGUGAGACAGAAGAAGCCAUAUCCUGAUCACCCAGAGAGGUUUGAACACUGGCCACAGAUCCUGUGUAGAGAUGGUCUGACUGGUUGCUGUUACUGGGAGGUUGAGAGGGAAGGAGGGGUUUAUAUAGGACUGACUUACAGAGGAAUCAGCAGGAGAGGAGGCAGUUAUGACUAUGGGCUUGGAUGGAAUGAAAACUCCUGGAGUCUGAUGUGCUAUGAUGGAGGAUUCACUGCCAGACACAAUAACAGAGACACAGUCAUCCCUGUCCCCUCCUCCUCUAAUAGAGUGGCAGUGUAUCUGGACUGGCCUGCUGGCUCUCUGUCCUUCUACAGCGUCUCCUUUGACACACUGAUCCACCUCCACACCUUCAGCAGCACCUUCACUGAACCUCUGUACCCAGGGUUCUGGGUUUGGUUUGACUCCUCAGUGUCUCUGUGUGAGAUCUGAGGAGUGAGAGUCGCCUCCUGUGUGGAGAA